AUGGAUGACGUCACUGUCCAGACAAGCCCCCGGCCGGAGCCCGAGCCGUUACUGAACAUGGACCAGUACGGAACUGCUCUGAUGAUCAUCGCCAUUCUCACGACUGUACCCAGCUUAUUCGGACUCGCAUCCAACAUUCUGAACAUUUGUGUCUUUUCGCGGAUGCGCUUGUCACACACUGUAACCAUUUCGUGCUUUGCUUUGUCCAUCAGUGACCUCGGGACUGUUGUUGCAUUGCUCAUGUUGAACGUGAAUGUAGUUUUCAUUGUGCUGGACCUAAAAACGGGUAUUCACAUCGAUGUAGACCCACAAACCAUUCUCAUGUUAACGGGUGACGUGAUGGAGGUUUUCCUAAUAAUCUCCACGUUGUUUACAUGCCAGUUAGCCAUCACUAGAUCUAUGUGUGUCCUGUUGCCACUUCGUUUCAAGGAAUAUUUUACUCCUCGUAAAACGAUUGUCAUUCUGUGUUUGCUUACUGUACCAUGUUUUACACAUCUGGCCAUUUAUACACAAGUAGAAAUUAUUGGGAUAAAAAUAGCAGAUAACUCUACUCGUGCAGUGCUCACGUUCCGCAACACGUACAAGCUUGCUACUUUAAUCUUUGAUGUAUUGAGAGGCCCCGUUAUUAUUUUAGGAUCUGAAAUCAUUGUCACGACUUGUAUUAGCUUCAUGAUCUACAGCCUUAGGCGGAACAUGACCUUCUGGAUGAAAACUAAACAAGCUGGUCACGUAAAUGCUCCUCACACAGAUAUAAAACACGAUUCUAACGCAGUUGGUGGUUCAGGUUUGGCGGGAACACUCCCAAAAAACACAAGUGGUAGGAAAAAGAGCUCCAUGAACGCUACUGUAGCCGUCAGGGAAAUGCAAGUCAUAGCUCAGGUCACUUUGAUUGCUACCAUUUUCGUUAUCUUCAAACUUCCGAUUGUUGCGUUACUCAUUCUUCGUUACGUAGAUAGAAACUUUAUCUUGAAUGGAUUAUAUAGAAAAACACUUGUGGUCAUGUCGGGCGUCAGAGUUGUGUUUGAAGCCCUCAGCGCUUCUGUCAACAUCUUUGUCUACUAUCGUUACAAUACAAAGUACAGAAUCACUCUAAGGCAAUUCCUGCGUCUCAAGGCAGCGGAAGCGUGA